AUGUCAUACGAAUUACAGAAUAAAGUUGUUCUUAUCACGGGCGGAUCUCAUGGGAUAGGUGCUAAGGUGAUAGAAUUUUUACUGGAAGAAAAUGUUAAACAUAUUGCCAACUUGGACAUCGCAAAGGAUGUUGGAAUGUCUCAAGCGGAUAAAUACAAUCAAAAAUAUGGGAACAAAGUUAAGUUCUAUCAAUGUGAUGUAACGAAGGAAGAGCAAUUACUUGGUGCAUAUGAUUCAGUUCUAAAGGAACAGGGUUAUAUUGAUGUGGUCAUUAACAGUGCUGGUAUUAUGAACGACAGCAAAGAAAAAUAUAAGAAAGAGAUUGAAAUUAAUGUCACCGCUUUAAUAACCAGUACUUUGAAGGCGUUAGAGAUAAUGCGUAAGGAUGAAGGCGGCAGAGGGGGUGUUGUUCUUAACAUUUCAUCUAUAGCCGCCUUGAUCCAAGACGAAUUGUUGCCAGUCUAUUACGGGACGAAGAGCGCUGUUCUGCAAUUUAGCAAUUGUAUUGGGUUGCCUGGAUACUAUUCAAGAACUGGUGUCAGAAUUGUAACAAUGUGUUUUGGGGCAACUGAUACAGCUCUUUUACAUAAAGAUAUGUUAGGAAAUUUUGACAAAGAAAUUCACGAUGGAAUGAUGGAAGUUGUAAAAAAACAUCCUCUUCAAUCGGUGGAAUCCGCUGCCUCCAGUUUAGUAGAGGUUCUCAAACGCGGUGAAAGUGGAAGUACUUGGCUAUCAAUUGCCAAUAAACCUGUCAAGGAUAUCACGCCUGCUGUAAAGAAAGCCUAUGGCAUUCUUUCUGAGCUUGUAUUUGAAGCAAUAGCAUAA